CCCCUCCCCCCGCGCUCCCCCACCCGCCUCCCUGUCAGUGCGGUGCCUGCGCUGGGAAACAUGGCGUCGGAGGGGAUGAUUUUAACCAACCACGACCACCAAAUCCGCGUGGGGGUCCUCACAGUGAGUGACAGUUGCUUCAGGAACCUUGCAGAAGAUCGUAGUGGAAUAAACCUCAAAGACCUUGUCCAAGAUCCUUCCUUGUUAGGUGGGACUGUUUCUGCAUACAAGAUAGUGCCAGAUGAAAUAGACGAAAUUAAGGAGACACUUAUAGACUGGUGUGAUGAAAAGGAACUAAACUUGAUUCUAACAACUGGAGGAACAGGGUUUGCACCACGGGAUGUCACACCAGAGAAAUUCCCAACAUUCCCAUUUUGUGGGCUCCAGAGAGGGGCUACUAAAGAAGUAAUAGAACGAGAGGCCCCAGGGAUGGCCUUGGCAAUGCUGAUGGGAUCUCUUAAUGUUACACCUCUGGGCAUGCUCUCUAGACCUGUAUGUGGAAUCAGAGGGAAGACUCUCAUAAUUAAUCUUCCAGGUAGCAAGAAAGGGUCACAGGAAUGUUUUCAGUUUAUACUGCCAGCCCUACCUCAUGCCAUUGACCUUUUGCGGGAUGCCAUUGUAAAAGUAAAAGAGGUGCAUGAUGAACUUGAAGAUCUACCUUCACCGCCACCACCUCUUUCUCCUCCUCCAACCAUCAGCCCACACAAGCAAACAGAAGACAAAGGUGUACAGUGUGAGGAAGAGGAGGAAGAGAAAAAAGAUAGUGGAGUUGCUUCAACAGAGGAUAGUUCCUCCUCGCAUAUAACUGCUGCAGCCAUUGCAGCUAAGAAGCAUCCAUCCUACAUCGGUUCUGCUGCUUUCAUGGCAAAAGGUGAACAUCCCAUUCCUGGUCUCAUCUGUUAUUCCCAUCACUCAGCAGGCAGUGCAGGAGAACCGAUUCCAGAUUCCAUCAUAUCUCGUGGUGUUCAGGUGCUUCCACGAGACACAGCUUCACUUAGCACUACCCCUUCAGAAUCUCCUCGUGCCCAGGCCACUUCUCGCCUCUCCACUGCUUCCUGUCCAACACCAAAACAAAUUAGACGCCCGGAUGAAAGCAAAGGAGUUGCUAGUAGAGUUGGAUCCCUCAAAGCUCGGCUCCCUUCGUGCUCAUCCACCUAUAGUGUUUCUGAGCUUCACUAUAAAUUGGAAGGGCUUAAAGAUGAACUCAGAAGGAAUAGAGGCUACGACUUGAGAGUACAAUCCAGGUGCAGCAGUAAGGAGAACAUCCUCAGAGCCAGUCAUAGUGCUGUAGACAUCACAAAGGUAGCAAGAAGACACCGUAUGUCUCCAUUUCCAUUGACAUCUAUGGACAAAGCCUUCAUCACAGUGCUAGAGAUGACCCCAGUGCUUGGAACAGAAAUAAUCAAUUAUCGAGAUGGAAUGGGCAGAGUCCUUGCUCAAGAAGUUUAUGCAAAAGAUAACCUACCGCCCUUCCCAGCUUCAGUAAAAGAUGGCUAUGCUGUCAGAGCUGCUGAUGGACCUGGGGAUCGUUUCAUCAUUGGGGAAUCCCAAGCUGGUGAGCAACCUACUCAGACUGUAAUGCCUGGUCAGGUAAUGCGAGUUACAACUGGUGCUCCAAUACCCUGUGGUGCUGAUGCUGUGGUGCAAGUGGAAGACACAGAACUCAUCAGGGAAUCAGAUGAUGGCACUGAAGAACUUGAGGUACGAAUUCUGGUGCAGGCUCGACCAGGUCAAGAUAUCAGACCUAUAGGACAUGACAUUAAAAGAGGUGAAUGCGUUCUGGCCAAGGGAACCCACAUGGGUCCAUCAGAGAUAGGCCUCCUAGCAACUGUUGGAGUAACAGAAGUGGAAGUUAACAAGUUUCCAGUAGUUGCAGUAAUGUCCACAGGGAAUGAACUAUUGAAUCCAGAAGAUGACCUGUUACCAGGAAAGAUCAGAGACAGUAAUCGUUCGACUCUUCUAGCAACAAUUCAAGAACAUGGAUAUCCAACAAUCAACUUAGGGAUUGUGGGAGAUAAUCCAGAUGAUUUAUUAAAUGCCUUGAAUGAGGGAAUUAGUCGUGCUGAUGUCAUCAUUACGUCAGGGGGCGUAUCCAUGGGGGAAAAGGACUAUCUCAAACAGGUGCUGGAUAUUGAUCUUCAUGCUCAAAUUCACUUUGGCAGGGUUUUUAUGAAACCAGGGUUGCCAACUACCUUUGCAACUUUGGAUAAUGAUGGUAUACGAAAAAUAAUAUUUGCACUCCCAGGGAAUCCUGUGUCAGCUGUUGUUACCUGCAAUCUCUUUGUUGUCCCAGCACUGAGGAAGAUGCAGGGAAUCCUGGAUCCUCGUCCUACUAUCAUAAAAGCCAGGUUAUCAUGUGAUGUGAAAUUGGACCCUCGUCCAGAAUAUCAUCGGUGCAUACUGACUUGGCAUCACCAAGAACCACUGCCUUGGGCACAAAGUACAGGGAAUCAGAUGAGCAGUCGUCUGAUGAGUAUGCGCAGUGCCAAUGGACUGUUGAUGCUACCUCCAAAGACAGAGCAGUAUGUGGAACUUCAUAAGGGCGAGGUGGUUGACGUCAUGGUUAUUGGAAGACUAUGAUGUCACCAGCAAGAGAGAAGUUUUGAUGCAUGUCCACAUAUCAUUGACUGUAUCCUGUAAUAUGCAACGGCACAGCUAGUUUUUCUGAUUUGGAUAAAAGUUGAUCAGUAUAGUCAACACCUUGAACUAUAUUUCAAAUGGAUUUAAAUAAAUACCUUUUAAAAAAAACUUUAAAAACAAAUCUUAAAGAAAUCUAUUCUGAUUAUAUCAAAGCAACUUUUUCCUUUCUUGCAAUUGCUUUGUGUGUUCAAUGCUAGUUCCAAUAGCGGUAGCUUUUAGUAGACAGCAGUAGGUGCCUGCAAAACUUGUGUUUUUUCUCAUCUUUAAGAUACAACUACUUAUGCUCUUAAAACAAGGCUGUCUGCUUAUUUAUACUAGUGUAGACAACACUUGGAUUUCCCUUAUUAGUAUGCUUCAUAACCGCUUCACAGAGAGCUUCUGCUUGUUCUUUAUCGUAUCUCGUGUUGAUGUGCACAGUGCCAAAAGCCGAGUGGCUGAACUGGGAACCCGACCAAGCCCCGAGGUUUUCCCCCCUUUGCUGCGCGUUCAGGGAUAUCUGUCAUCCCAGCAGCCACCCAGCUCAGUACUCUUGGGCAGUAACUGGAUACCUUUUGUUUAAACAAACAACAGAAAUUGCUUCCUUAAGUGCUGACAGCCUUUUUAACCAAUACAUUUAAAAAUGUACAGAAUUAAAAUCUAAAAAAAUCAAAGACUGAUCUUGUACAGAUAUUAGUGUUACCAGCAUUCAUGUGGAAUUUAAAGGAGAAAAGAGAUAAAACUAAUGUUAAACAACUCUGUACCAUAACAUUUUCUGUAAUGAUACUGAAACUUAAAUGAAUAAAAAAAAAUUCCUGGAUCAUUAUUUAAAA